AUGAAUAAUUGUGCUAAGGAGCUUUCAGUCUGGGAUAGGGAAAGCUUUGGUAAUGUUAAGCAUGCUAUUGUGCAGAAAAAGAGAGAGUUCAAUGAGGUUUUCAUGGAAGCUCAAACAGGUGAUACUGAAGGGAGAUUACAGAGAUGUCAAGAGGAGCUUAAUGAUUUAUAUAAAAAUGAGGAGGUGAUGUGGAGGCAACGCUCUAAGGCAUUUUGGUUGCGGGAUGGAGAUAAGAAUACAAGGUAUUUUCAUUCUUUAGCCUCAGCCCGUAGGAAUCGGAAUAUGAUUUCAAGAAUAAGGAAUAGUGAAAGGCGUUGGAUGGCUGACUUUCGAAGUAUUGAAGAUGAGUUUGUAGGUUAUUAUAGAGAUAUGUUCUCUUCUUCUAAUCCGAUAAGAGCGCAGGUGGAUUUGGUAGUUGAAAAGGUGAAGGUUGCGUUGAGUUCUGAUAUGCGAGAUCAUUUGGGAAAAGAUUUUACUAGUGCUGAAAUCUGUCAGGCGGUUUUUGACAUGAAUCCUAAUAAGCCGCCAGGUCAUGAUGGGAUGACUCCCAUGUUUUAUCAAAAGUUCUUGGGAGUUGUUGGAGAUGAUGUGAUAAUGAUGGCUUUAAGAUUUUCGAAUGAAGGUAUUCCUUUUCCUGACAUUAACGAUACUUGCAUUGCUUCAAUUCCGAAAAUUGAUUCCCCUGUUUUGCCAAAGGACUAUAGACCUAUUAGCUUAUGUAAUGUAGUGUUUAAAAUUAUUUCGAAAGCUUUGGCCAAUAGAUUGAGAACUAUUUUGCCUGAAUUAACUGGAGAAAAUCAGAGUGUAUUUGUUCCGAAUAGAGUGAUAUUAGAUAGUGCCAUGGUUGCGUUUGAAACAGUGCACAUUAUGAAGAAUAAGGUGUCGGGACGGAAGAAGCAUAUGGCUUUGAAGUUGGAUUUAAGUAAAGCCUAUGAUACGGUAGAAUGGUGUUUUUUGGAGAGUCUAAUGCAUAAAAUGGGUUUUCCAUCUCGUUGGAUUUCAAAUGUUAUGUAUUGUAUAAGGACAGUUACUUACUCUAUAAUUAUUAAUGGGCAGCAAAGUGAGUGUAUUGUGCCUUCCAGGGGAAUUCGUCAAGGUGAUCCCAAUACUUCUGAGGAUUUGCGAGCUAAUAUUAUGCAACGUUUGGAGGUGGGGCGAAUUUUGGAGAAUGACAAGUACCUUGGUUUACCGAUUAUGAUUGGUAGAUCAAGGAGACGAGAGCUUCACUUUAUAAAAGAUAGACUUUGGAGUCGAGUGAGGAGUUGGAAUGGGAAACUUCUGUCUAUAGUUGUCGAGCUGUUUGGGAGUUACGAUUUCCUUGGAUCUAUGCUUGUUUUGAGAUGUGGGGAGGUAGGGAAGAUUUCUUGCAUUGUGUGUUUCAAAAAGCUUCCCAACUUGGCUCUUGCGAUCGAGUGUACUUUGUAUGUUGGAUGUUAUGCCUAUAAUAAUGCAGCAAAAUCUGCAGGACUUGCAAUGGUGAUGAGAGAUUGGGAUGGAGAAGUUCGUUGUUCCCAAUUAAUUACCAAGGACUUUGUCUCGAAUUCACUUUAUGGAGAAGUUAUGGCGAUUAAGAUGGGAAUACAUUUGGCUAUUGAAGAGGGUGUUAGGAAUUGUAUUUCAAGCAACUUUGUCCAACCCUACAUCACCAGAGCCUGGGAGUUAAAAGGAGAAGCUACUGUCAUGGGGAGGGAAAGGGACAGAUACUUGAUUCACUUCAACAAUACGACUGAUCGACAGGUGGGAGUGAAGGGCAACCCUUGGUGCAUGGAUGGGGCUAUUAUGAUGGAUGAUGGAGAUACAAGAUGGAUUCAGUUCAGUUAUGAAAGAAUCGAUAAAUUCUGCCUUUCUUGUGGUUUGAUAGGCCACACGCACCCAAACUGCAACAUUGCUCGAAUAGAGGUGGACAGAAGAAUCAAUAGCAGGCUGAUCAGAGUCAGUGAAGCAUAUGGCUAUCCCAUCGUGGUGGAUGAGGAGAAUCAUUUCCUCUCCAACCAGAUGAGAGCUUUCAGAAACAGAGCUAGCCGUAGGAACACAAGAAUCAUCUGCAGGCAGAAUCAGAAUAGAGGAGCACUACGAAUAGAUGAAAACCAAACAGAAGUCAGAGUUAGGCUGGAUUCGGAGAUAAUGAUUGUGCCAGAAUGUUCUUCAAAAGGCCAAUGGCAAAGCAACCUUGAUGCCCAGAUCAUCAACCUACAGACAGAGCUCAGUGCUUUAACGCCUGCUCCCAUACUUCAGCCUGAACCUCUACAAAUCAGACCACCACAUGCAAACAACAUAGAAGAAAGCAGCCAGUACCCACCUUUUGAACCAAUUAUGGACCCAUUGUUUGAGUUUCAUAACACCAUAGACAGAGUUCAGCACCUGUAUGAGCGUCAUGAAGGAGGAUUCCAAAAUCUAGCAGAUUAUGAAGACAUGUUGUUCGCUAUGGCCAGGGAACAGUCCAGAUUCGAACAUGUCUGUGCAGAGAUGGCAAAACACAGUGCGAUCGUUAAAAACAGUGUGGAGAUGGUACAGGAACAGGGUGAAGAACAAGAACAGCAAGGGGUAGCGCCAGACUUUAGAUGCUCGGUAAAUGAAGAUGAAAUGGUGGCAGCUUUCCUCAAAGACUCACCAUCCCCAGAAGAGGAGAAACCGAAAGCUGUAAAACAGAACAGUGGAGAAGACGGAAAGGGAAAGAGAGCAAGAGGAGAUGAAGACACACCUUCAGGCACAGAAUUGGAAGAUGGCAAAAGAAUUCGACAAAGAAUGCAAGGACUAGAAAUGGAGGAGAGGAACCAGAUGGAGAUAGAGGACACUCGUGAUAAGGGAGAUUGGGGUUUUAACUCUUGUGUUGGGGUCAAUAGCCAGGGACUUAGUGGUGGCUAUCUUUUGUUAUUGAAGGAUGAUGUAAAAGUCUCUAUUUUAUCUAUUAAUAAAAAUCUUAGUUUGCUCUAUCUCCACUACAAGGACAUUAAAAUGUGGUUAACUUGUAUCUAUGGGCAUCCUGAAUUAUCAAAAAGAGGUGAAGUAUGGGAACAACUGAAAAAUAUGAGGAGACAGAUACCACAGGGUGAUGAAUGGUUAGUAAUGGGUGAUUUUAACCAAGUACUCCAUUCAAAAGACAAACUUUCAGAAUCCUCUAACCAAAUUAGGGGAGCUGAAAUAUUUAAACAAUGCCUAAACGAGUGUGGUUUAGCUGAAGUUGCAAAUAAGGGAUUACACUUCACAUGGUCGAAUAGAAGAGAAGAAGGAAGGCUGACAUGGGAAAGGCUGGAUAGAGAAUUUGCGUACUCCAGCUGGUUCCAGAAGUUCGAAAAUGCAACUCUCACCAACCUACCUAUCACUGUAUCUGACCACAACCCAUUGGUAAUGCAACUGGGAGAAAUGAAUACCAGGUUCUUUCACACAAUGACCAAUAGAAGAAGAGCAUGGAGCAAAAUCGCAAGUGUUGAGAAAAGGGAUAGGCAGAUGACAGAAUCAAUUGAAGAGCUGAAGAAGGAAUUUAUGGAUCAUUUUCGUGAAGUGUUUUCAAAUGAGGGAGAAGCAUCUGAGCAGGAAAUAAGAGCUAGUUUGGAGAGUUUAGCUAUACCAGAGCUAACCAAUGAACAUAAGCAAAGACUUGGACAGCCCUUCAACAGAGAGGAAUGCGUCAGUACGGUAUCCUAUCAGAUUCUACUGAAUGGAGGAACAUUACCAAGAUUUGAACCAAAAAGGGGAUUAAGAGCUUCAGUUCUCACAGCAAGAAAAGUUAGGGAAAUCAUCAACAAGUACUGCUUCUUAUCAGGUCAAGGGGAGGAAUUAAAGACCAAGGACUUCUCAAUGCUGGAUAGGGAAGAUGAACUUGUGUGGAGAAAUGAAUUCAGUGGAUGUUUUACAGUUAAAUCUGCCCAUAGAGAAAUUCUUAUGGCAGAAAUGGGGAACCAAGUGGACUUCAGUAGGAGGAGAGAAUGGAAAGCACUGUGGAAGCUAAAACUUCCGUUUAAAAUCAUCAUUUUCCUGUGGAAAAUGUGUAACAAAGGACUUCCAACCAGACUUGAGCUGACCAAAAGAGGAAUGAAUGUUGACUCUAGAUGCGGGCUUUGCUCUGCACAUGAGGAAUCACAAGAACACCUCUUUUGGAAUUGUGAUGUGGCUAGGGCUGUUUGGUUUGGGUCAAGUCUAUCACUGAGAACUAAGGCUUUUGAACAGGUGAACAUUGUUGAUUGGUUGAUGCAAUGGCUAGCAAAAACUAAUCCAACUGAGGUAGGGGAGUCCCAUUUUACUAAGGAGUUUGCUGUUACACUAUGGAUGAUUUGGAUCCACAAAAAUGAAUGUUUAUUUGAAGGUGCAAGUGUGAACCCUUUAACCAUCAUUCAAAGAUCUAGAGGAUAUUGCAAAACAAUCGUCAUAACCUUCGAAGAUGGUAAUAGGCUGGAGGAAAGCUACUAG